ACAAGCAAAAGCUACUAGAAGCGAUCUGCUGCGAGGUGAAGCAGUGCUACAGAACUGAGAAGACAGACGGACGGAGGUGCAGAGGGAGAGGCACAAAGCCCGCUGCCCUUUCCGGAUUCCAGUCCGUUGCUGAAGCUCAGACUUACAAAGGCUGACUUAAAGAAGAGCGUCGCUUCGUUCGUUUUUGACGGAGCUUGUCUCAAAGUUCGGAGGUGAGUGAGGUGGCUUAGUAUCAACACUUGAAUGCUGAGGCAUAGCGACUAAGUCUUAAGACAGCUAUAGUGGAAGUCUCCUCUACAUUUUGGCUUACCCUACAGAGUAUUGUCACUCAGUGGUUUGUAGAGCCAUGCUGGGAGUUUCAAGAACACAGACCAACAAAGAUCAAGACUAAAUGGAAACUCUUCAGGAUCUUUAUAACAAAGUACUAUGGCUAUUCAUGCCUUAAACAACUUAAUUAUAAUGAACACCAACAAUCUGAAAAGUGGCAGCACACAACCUCGAACUGGGAGACCAGUCUUACCUGUGCCAGUCAGAUUGAGUGGAAGAUUGCAAAGCCCUAGUAGCCCUGGCUGUUCUAUGCAGAGGUCUAUGUUUGUGUUUCCAGAUGGCACUAAUAGCGAGAAUAGCAGCUCUCCUGUGAGACAACAAGAGACACUGGCAGUGGAAUGUUUGAGCUCCAGAAGAAGGUUUAAAAGCCCUGCUAGGACAAAGUUAAGGGACAACACACAAUCUCCCAGUCCUGGACCUUUUGAAGAGCUGAGCUUAAAACUUGGUCUUUCAGAUGAGAAACAAAUCAAGAGGACUGUGCAGCUUCCACAGAUACACUUGGAACUGCAAAAUGUGGAGGUUAAUAAAAAGGUUGAUUUAUUUGAGGCCCAGAUUUCAAAUCUACGUACCCAAGUUCAAAACUCUGAAAUAAUACGCAGUCCCAGGAUUGGACGCAAAUCCUCUAAUACUCAAAACUCUGAACUAUGUCAGCCAGACUCCCCUCUACAAUCUAACUAUGCUAUUCCACCCGAAUUACGUAAUGGUAAAGAGGUAGAAACUUUCAGUUUUGAUGAAAGUAAAUUGAACAGUAGGAAAAAGGAAGAAGAAAGACCACAAGUCAAUAUCUUAAAGCAUGUGACUAAAUCAGAUACCUCAGACAACAUACUUUCCUUGGAGGGUUCGUCCAGAACCUACCAGUCAUCGGGCAUGCAAGGUCCAGUUGCCAAAGAAGAUCAGGAAGCUAGUCAGUCAUCGCUUACUAGCAGUGAAGAAAAUUGUUUGGAACAGGGCAACAUUCCCUUUGUUAUCAUUACAGAUCAUGGGGUGGAAGAACCUGGAGGUGGAACUGAUUUGCCUCCUGUUGGACAGAUUUUAAGAAAACUCUCCUCUUCUUCAGCUUCUUCAACUGGAUUUUCUUCCUCAUGGGAAGAAUCGGAGGAUGAUGUUUCAAGUGAUCCAGAUCGAACUGAUCCACCUUCACGUAAAUUCUUGGAAACGAAUCAGCAAGGCUACCACAGAGCAAGCAAAUCAUGGAAAAAGAUCAAGAAUAUGAUGCACUGGUCACCUUUUGUAACUUUCUUCAAAAAGAAAUAUCCUUGGAUUCAAUUGGCUGGGCAUGCAGGCAGCUUCAAGGCUGGAGUUAAUGGCAUGAUUCUGAAGAAACACUGUGAAUGUGAGCAGCGCUGCCUUGGCAGGCUGAUGAAUGACGUGCUACGGCCUUUUGUCCCUGCCUAUCAUGGUGAUGUGGAGAAAGAUGGCGAGAAGUACAACCAAAUGGAUGACUUACUAGCUGAAUUUGAGCUGCCGUGUGUCAUGGACUGCAAAAUGGGAGUCAGGACAUAUUUGGAGGAGGAGUUAACAAAAGCUCGCAAGAAACCAAGCCUGCGAAAGGACAUGUAUCAAAAGAUGAUUGAGGUGGACCCAAUGGCACCAACCAAAGAGGAGAAAGAAGAGCAGGCCGUUACCAAGCCUCGCUACAUGCAGUGGAGAGAGACAAUCAGCUCUACGUCAACAUUGGGUUUUCGAAUUGAAGGCAUCAAGAAAGAAGAUGGCACAGUAAACAGGGACUUUAAAAAGACAAAAAGCAAACAGCAAGUUAUUGAAGCCUUUAGAGAUUUUGUCAAUGGAAACCAAAAUAUACUGAUUAGUUAUGUUAACCGUUUAAAGGAUGUAAGAUCAGCGCUGGAAAUUUCUCCUUUUUUUAAAUCUCAUGAGGUGAUAGGCAGUUCCCUACUCUUUGUCCAUGACAAACGAGAACAAGCCAAAGUGUGGAUGAUUGACUUUGGAAAGACAACCCCAUUGCCAGAUGGGCAAGUCUUAAGUCACCGUGUUGCCUGGCAAGAGGGAAACAGAGAAGAUGGCUAUCUUUGGGGACUCGACAAUCUCAUUGAGAUUUUAGCAGGGAUGGUGGAAAGUGAUGACCUGUAAACUGCAACCUACUGGCAUCAGGAGCUAAAGCCUGCACUACAAAGAGUGAAACGCAUGAAAAAAGCUAUAUGUUCUCUACACUGUGUAGAUUACUUUACAUUACAUCUUCAUAACAGUUUGUUAAAAUUUGUAACUUUUUUUAACAAUCUUAUAAGGUCUAGACCCACACUAUUCAGAGUAAUUAUAUUUACUUCCAGAUUUAAGGCCAUUCCUUGUUGGUAGUACCUUCAGUGCAUCUGUGAGAGAGCAUCAUGACUUGUCCAACUGCAUCCUACUGAUGCUCCUCAUGUUGACAUAUAUGGACCAUCCUCUAAUGUGUAAAUUGACAAUGCUACCAUCAUUUUUGUAAAACUGAGGAGCUCCAUGAAUAAUAAGAAUAGCAACUAGUUUAAUGGAACAGGAUAUAUUCUUUUCAUACUGUUACUUUCUAUACAGCAGAAUAUUUUUGUAAUAACUUGGAUGAGGAGUAACAACUUCACUGAUGCAAAAUUGACUGGGACCAAUAUGCUAAUUUGCAUGUAAGUUUACACAUUUAUGGGCGCAAAGUUUGGUUUUGAUUGGGACUGAACAUUAAUUAGCUUUUAUAUUUUAUGUUUAUGAUAUUUAAUAACUUUUGAUGCAAAUUUUCCUUCAGUCCUUUUUGUGAAAAAUUCUGCCCAAUUUUUAUAAUUAACAGAUUAUCAUUUUACUGUGACCAGACUGAGAUGCAGGCUUGAAAUAUAUGCCAUUCAAAGCAGUCAUCAUUUAUUAUUUUCCUCUCUCUAUUUGCCAUGUAACACAUGACUGCACUCAGAUUUAAGGAGCCAUUUCACAUUUAUAACUGUGAGAGCAUGUCAUCAUUUUUAUUCACUACAAAGCUAGCUUCUGACUGUGAAACUUCAACUUAAAAAGCACAAAUAUAUGAUUUUAUUUAUGAAAAUGGAGUAUGUAGAAGCUUCAUUUUAUACCAUAAGUGUAGGUGGUGCAGAAAUUAGCACCCUGCAUUCAAUGUCCAGAGCUAGUGCACUCUGUGUGAAGUGUCUGCAUGAGUCUUUCACCGAAUACUCCAGUUUUCCUUCCACAUCUCAGAGUUAUGCCAGUUAGGUUGACUGGCCAUUCAAAAUUGGCCCAGUGUGUGUGAAUAAGCUCAGUGAUGGCCAGAUGCCUCAAUCAGGGUUAGUUCCUUCUGUGUGCUCAAUACAGCCCAUUACCCUGUAAUGUAAUGUAAUGUUAUCACGGAAGGCAAACUUAUGCAAGCAGCAAAUAUAAGAGUAUGUCCUUUGUUUUGUAAAAUGUUAAAUGAUGUUUUUCCAACUUAAUCAAAUAGUUAGAGCAGACACUUUGUUUCUUAUGACUAAAACUGUAAAGCUCUGCUCCAUUUAGACUAUUUUUAGUCAUUAAUAAGUGAAAGUAAAUAUAACCAUAGGAAGGAAAAAGAGUGUGCUUUUGUAGUUAAUAUUGGACAAUAGUAUGGUGAGUGAUGGUCAAUGCCUAAGCCUGAAGUAGAACAUUUUUCUCUGCUAUUGUUUCCUGUUGGAUGGUUGAACAUUGGAGUUAACAUUUUAAGAGCUGCCAUGAAGUCUAACAUGGAGUAAAAUAUAGUGAGGUGUGAUAUUUUUAUUUUGCUUUUUGAAAAAUAAGAAUAUUCUCUGGCUAAUUCAUUACUUUAUGUAUCAUACUUCUGCUAACUGGGUGCCAUACAUAUUGACAAAUACUAUAUGGUACUAUAAGUAAAACACCAAAUAACAUUUAAUAGAAACAUUAUAUCUUAGUGCACUGUACAUAUGCCAAUGUACUUAUAUACAGGUACUGGUCAUAAAAUUAGAAUAUCAUGACAGAGUUGAUUUAUUUCAGU